UCGAGUUGGAAAAGGCGAGUCCGGUCUCAAAAUGGAGGGCCAUGAUCCAAAGGAACCAGAGCAGUUGAGAAAACUGUUUAUUGGUGGUUUGAGCUUUGAAACUACAGAUGAUAGUUUAAGAGAACAUUUUGAAAAAUGGGGUACACUUACAGAUUGUGUGGUGAUGAGAGACCCCCAAACAAAACGUUCCAGGGGUUUUGGUUUUGUGACUUACUCUUGUGUUGAAGAGGUGGAUGCAGCAAUGUGUGCCCGACCACACAAGGUUGAUGGGCGUGUAGUGGAACCAAAGAGAGCUGUUUCUAGAGAGGAUUCUGUAAAGCCUGGUGCCCAUCUAACAGUGAAGAAAAUUUUUGUUGGUGGAAUUAAAGAAGAUACAGAAGAGUAUAAUUUGAGAGACUACUUUGAAAAGUAUGGCAAGAUUGAAACCAUAGAAGUUAUGGAAGACAGGCAGAGUGGAAAAAAGAGAGGAUUUGCUUUUGUAACUUUUGAUGAUCAUGAUACAGUUGAUAAAAUUGUUGUUCAGAAAUACCACACUAUUAAUGGGCAUAAUUGUGAAGUGAAAAAGGCCCUUUCUAAACAAGAAAUGCAGUCUGCUGGAUCACAAAGAGGUCGUGGAGGUGGAUCUGGCAACUUCAUGGGUCGUGGAGGAAACUUUGGAGGUGGUGGUAACUUUGGCCGUGGUGGAAACUUUGGUGGAAGAGGAGGCUAUGGUGGUGGUGGUGGUGGCAGCAGAGGUAGUUACGGAGGAGGUGAUGGUGGAUAUAAUGGAUUUGGAGGUGAUGGUGGCAACUAUGGUAGUGGUCCUGGUUACAGUAGUAGAGGAGGCUAUGGUGGUGGACCAGGAUAUGGAAACCAAGGAGGUGGAUAUGGAGGUGGUGGUGGAGGAUACGAUGGUUACAAUGAAGGAGGAAAUUUUGGAGGUGGUAACUAUGGUGGUGGUGGGAACUAUAAUGAUUUUGGAAAUUAUAGUGGACAACAGCAAUCAAAUUAUGGACCCAUGAAGGGGGGCAGUUUUGGUGGAAGAAGCUCGGGCAGUCCCUAUGGUGGUGGUUAUGGCUCUGGUGGUGGAAGUGGUGGAUAUGGUAGCAGAAGGUUCUAAAAAAUUUUCAGAAGAAAAGGGUUGAAUGAGAACCCUUCUUGCCUAAAUGAGGAAUGUCUUUCCUACCAUCUUAAAUACGAAGGUUUCUGGCUGGGUAAGGUUUGUAGCUCACAGUAAAAGCUGAUGACACCAUUUGUUUCCCUACAAAUACAUAUUACAUAUUU